AUGAGGACGAACAGGAAAUUACUGCAACCAUUGCUAUCUCGACGGUCCAUUACCGUCGCCUCAUCAAUACGUCUAUCCCUCCUCCCUUGGCUUACACCCUCUGCCACACCCUCUACCCUACCACAAUCUCAAAUACGGCUAUACUCCCAGAUAAUACGACGGGGACCAUCAGCCCCUCCAGGCUAUCCAUCUGAUACCGAAUACUCCGACUCGACAGUUUACGCUUUCUCUUACAUCUCUCGAGUGAUCCGCUAUAUCCUCUACGGUAUUCUUACACUAGGCGGAGUAUCACUGGCCGGGUUCGAGGGACUACACCUAUACGUCGAGAAAGUAGCUCUUGCCGCACCGUCUCGGGACGGGUUCGAUGAUCCAUAUGGAUGGAUAGGUGAGAAUGUAGGAUGGACCGGCGGUCUAAAAGGAGGUACAGAUCCUAGAUUAGGUCAGAAAGCCAGACAUGCGUUGAGGGGAGCUUGGAUAUGUCAAGAAUGGGGUGCGGGAGGUUCAGCAUCUUCAACAUUAUCCAGUCGAAAUACUUCUUCGGGUCCAUUUCAUCCAGAUUACGUAGCUGUAAAAGGUAUGAUCGGCAACACAUCAUCUUCAACAGAGGGUAGACAGACCGUAGACAGAGGGUAUGAAUUAGCAGAAGAAUUCGUAAAUCUAGCUAUAAACGAAGCUCGUAAAAGAGGAUUGGUAUUUCCUCCAAAUCUCAGCAGCUCUUCAUCAAUACCGAACCUUCCUCCUAAAGAUCAUGAAAAUACCCAUGGAGUUCCGCAAGGUGAUCCAGCAGUAUUGGACCUGUUAUUGUUAAAAGCAGGUAUAUUAGAAAGGAUCAAUACACCCUACUCACUAUUACAUGCCAAAGACCUAUAUCAACAGGUAUUGAAUUCUAUGAAUCAUGCGCAGGACGAGCAACAUCUGCAUAACCAACCUAGGAUAAUGAGGUUGGCAGGUAAGAUUGGUGAUUUAUCAGCUAGGACGGGUAAUUCGGGUAAUGCCUUGGAAUGGUGGUCGUGGGGUCUGGGAAAAGCUGGUAUACAGAUGGAUAAAGGGAAUACAAAAAUAAGUGAAGUAGUGAAAGAGGUUAAGAAGGAGGGUCGAAGUUGGUUCGGAUUUGGAGGGCAACCAAAGACACCUGAAGAAUCAACUUCGACGUCGACAUCGAUAUCGAUAUCGACAGAUGUACAAUCACCUGGUAUUUCACCUGCGAUCCUUCGAGCAUCCAUCUCACUCCUGGCGUCAGCUUCCGCUCACUUGGCUACCACCUCUUCACUCAAUACAGCUUCCUCCCUUCAAUCUCACGCUCUGGCGCUCAUACCACCUUCCUCAACCCCAGCUAGUUCCUCGUCACCCGACUCGGCUCUUCAUUCUACAUGGCUACAACAGAGAGUGGCAUUACUAAAGUUAUAUCAAGCUUCCAUCCUCCACGCUCAAAACACCAAAUCGACAUCUCCGAAACCGCUCGAACUGGUUACUGAGUCUUCAGAGAUAUCCGAACUAGUCAUAUCAUCCCUACCUACCAUACCUAUAGGCAAAUCAUCUAGCUUAGUCGGUCCAGCGAAAUUGCUUCGUCGCGAUGCACUCUUGACAGGAGCAGAAGCGAGUUACACCCGUGGAGUAUUCUUGGAGAGAUCUCCACCGUCAAGUCCAGAAGAGAAGGUCAACAGGUUGGAGCAAGCUUCAGAAUGUUUCGAAAGGGCCAUGGCGCUCAACGUGUUGGAGAGCGGGGUAGAGAAAAAGGGAGAAGAUGAAAUGGGUCAAGGUGGGGAUUGGAAUAAGUAUUGGAGAGGGUAUGUGAGAGUGAAAGGGAAAUUGGGUAAUUUGGUUGAAUCAACCACUACUACGAAAGUGUGA